AUGGAGCAAAAUAUUCAUGUCAUAAAUACAAAGAGCGAGGUACAAUCACCAAAGAUCACUACAGAGAGACCCGAAAGAAAAGAUGACCAAGAAGUGAUUGAUGAAGCUACAAGGGUAGAAAAAUUUGCACCAAAUGCAACUGAAAAUAGAGAAGGUACAGAAACAUCAGUUGCCAAAGCACCAAGUCUAGACAAAGCUUACAUGCCUCCCAUUCCCUUUCCUCAAAAGCUCAAGAAGAACAAACAAGACACAAACUAUGAAAAAUUUCUUGAUGUUCUCAAGAAGCUCCAGAUCAAUGUUCCGUUCAUAGAUGCGAUACUACAAAUUCCAAGCUAUAAGAAAUUUUUGAGAGAGAUGUUGACAAAGAAAAGAAAGCUUCCGGAGUUUGAAACUGUGGCAUUAACUGAGGAAAGUAGUGCAAGAGUCCAGAGAAAAUUGCCUCCUAAAUUGAACGAUCCAGGGAGUUUUACUUUACCAGUUUCAACUGGAAAUUCCUAUUCAACUAAUGCAUUGUGUGACACUGAUGCUAGUAUCAAUCUAAUGUCGUAUUCUACUUACAGGAAAUUGGGACUAGGUGAAGUCAACUCAACAUCAAUAACGCUACAACUCGCUGAUAGAACAAUCACAAGGCCACGUGGCAAAGUUGAGGAUGAACUCGUCAAAGUAGGAAAUUUAAUAUUUCCUGUGGAUUUCAUUGUAUUGGACAUAUCAGAAGAUCGAGACAUUCCAAUUAUAUUGGGUCGACCAUUCUUAGCAACGGGACGAACCCUUAUUGACAUGGAGAAGGGAGAACUAAUCUUGAGGGUGGAGGACAAGCAGGAGAUAUUCAAUAUUUACAUCCAAUAUGAGAAACCUCCCAACAAAAAUGAUUGCUAUAGAAUUGAUGAAGAAGAGCCACCUGAUCAACAAAGCUGUCAGAAUAAAACAACAAAUUUUGGAGAACUUCUUGGUAGAGACAAGAAUGGACAAAUCAAAAUUUGGAGAGCAGAAAAGGAUUGCAUCAAUGAAAAUUGCACAGAGUCCAAUGAUGGAAUAACUUGGUUUGAGCCACCAUGA